AUGAGCGCACAAGACAUCACACCUCCGGCCUCUGGCACUGCCACACCUACCGCCAAGUCAUUGACCAAGGCCGGCAUUGCACACAAUCUCGAGUCCAACGCACAAACUGCACAGCUCGAUGCCUCAAAGUUGAAGAUCUCCCUGAGCAGUGCGCCGAGAGACCCUCCUGUCCCUGGCAGUGAGGAGCUCAAGAGAAUGCGCACCUGUACCGACCACAUGAUCACCGCACGCUGGACUCUAGAAGAUGGCUGGNNGGAGGCCCCCGAGCUCAAGGCCUAUGGACCAUUGAGCAUUAUGCCUACUGCUUCCGUUCUACACUACGCCACUGAAUGUUUCGAGGGUCUGAAGCUUUACCAUGGAGAGGAUGGCAAGUUGCGUUUGUUCCGUGUGCGCCGCAACUGCGAACGUCUACGCAGAAGUGCUGCUCGUAUCUCUCUUCCCGACUUCCCUGCCGAGCAAUUGGAGAUCCUCAUCAAGAAGCUUUGCGCCACUGACGGUCCCAAGUGGUUGCCCAACAAGGGCGGUUUCCUCUACUUGCGUCCUACUUUCAUCGGUACAGAUCCUGGUCUCGGUGUUCAGGUCCCUAAGGAGGCUCUUCUCUACGUUAUCAUCGCUGUAUUCCCUGACUGGUCAGACCCUCGCAACUUGCCUGCCGCUUCCGCUGUCAACCCCAACCUCAGCGAGGCUGUCACAAAGGCUCAAGGUCUCAAGCUUCUUGCAAGCAAGGAAGACUCCAUCCGCGCAUGGCCUGGCGGCUUCGGUUACGCAAAGCUCGGUGCCAACUACGGUCCUUCGCUCGUUGGACAAGGCGAGGCUCGCGCUCGCGGCUACGAUCAGAUUCUGUGGUUGUUCGGUAACAACGCCAGCGUCACUGAGGCCGGUGCCAGUAACUUCUUCGUUGUUUGGAAGACCAAGGAAGGCCAGCAGCAGCUGAUCACCGCACCUCUCGAGGACAACCUGAUCCUCGAGGGUGUCACCUGCGCCAGUGUGCUCCAGAUCGCACAGGAGCGUCUUUCCGCCGAGAACGCCUCCAAGUACAACGCCGAAAGCCUCGAGGUCAUCGAGUGCAAGUUCACCAUGCAGGAGAUCUUGGACGCCUACGAGGAUGGCCGGCUCGUCGAAGCCUUCGCCGCCGGCACCGCCUUCUUCGUUGCCCCCGUCGGUCUCAUCGGCUGGAAGGAGCACGAACUCGAAAUCCCCUUGGUCGAAGGCAAGACCGGCGUUUACGCCAGACUCGUCCGCAGCUGGCUCUCAGACAUCAUGUACGGCAAGGAGCAGCACGAAUGGGGCGUCAUCGUCGACGAGGCUUAG